CAGGCGCUGCCCGCCUGCGAUCACGCCCCGUGCCCGCCCCUUCCUGCCCGGCCCGCGGGCGGCGGGAAGCGCCGGGAGCCGCCGGCCCCGUCCCAUGGAGCCGCGGCUGUUCGCCUGGGGUGCAAACAGCCAUGGACAACUUGGUCUUGGUCAUAAAGAGGAUGUGCUGGUUCCUCAGGCCCUGAAAGGUGUUUCCUGCAAAUGUCAAGACAUUGUAAGCAUUGCUGGAGGAGGGGGACAUUCUGCAGUUAUCACUGGUACAGGACAACUCUUUGUAUGUGGUCACAACAAAGAUGGGCAGUUGGGAUUGAAUCACACAGAGGAUGUGCUGCGUUUUACUUUGUGCACUGCCCUGUCUGGCUUUUGUGUAAAACAAGUUGCAUGUGGCUGGGAUUUUACAAUCAUAUUAGCAGGAUCUGGCCUAGUGUUGUCCUGUGGGUCAAACUCUUUUGGACAGCUGGGACUUCCUCAAAUUUCAGGCCUGUGCUUGAUUCCACAAAAGAUUGAGUCUCUCAAAGAGAAGGUGGUGAAUGUUGCUGCAGGACUGAGACAUGCCCUUGCUGCUACAGACGGCGGUUUGGUGCUGCAGUGGGGGACUGGGAUGGCAUCUCUGGCAAAGCGUGCAAGCCAAGGAAAAACCCUCCCUCUGUUCUUGACAGCAAAGGAACCCUGUGAAGUGGCAGGCCUGGAAGAUGUAAAGGUGAAGACAGUUGCUGCAGGCUCCUAUCAUUCGGUGUCCCUCACAGGUGAAGGACACCUGUAUGUCUGGGGCAGCAACAAACACGGGCAGCUGGUGAACAGAGACAUCUUUCUUGCUGAGCCCAAGAAGAUUGACACUCAGUGUUUCUCACAUGAAAAGAUCGGAGCAGUUUGGAGUGGCUGGACCCACCUGGUGGCACAGACAGAAGCUGGCAAGGUGUUCACCUGGGGCAGAGUGAACUAUGGGCAGCUUGGAAGGCACGCGGUGGUUCCUGGUGGGCAGCAGAGCACAGCAUCUGAACAGUGCUUGGAGCUGUUGUGUAACACCCCUGUUUCGGUUCCUUGCCUAAAUGGAGCAUCUCAGAUCGCAUGUGGCUCAGAGCAUAAUCUGGCAAUAGUUGGUGGCCAGUGCUUCUCUUGGGGAUGGAAUGAACAUGGAAUGUGUGGUGAUGGCACAGAAACAAACGUUCCUGUCCCACAACCAGUCAAAGCUCUUGGCUAUGCAAAACAGAUCUUAAUUGGAUGUGGGGCAGGACACUCCAUGGCCCUCUGUCGCUCUUCAUUAGACCCAGCACACCUGGAAUCACAACGUCAUGGAUGUGGAUGGACAUCUUUGGAUUGUGGAGCUCAGAAGUGCUACAGGAGAACUGCCCAUGAUUAACACACUAGUUGGAAACUGCAGAUAUUUUCCCAAAAUCCAGAAGGAAAAACCAUGCAUAAAAAGCUGGAAUAUUUAAAAUAUUGUUUCCUGGGUUCUUGCCACAGGAAUGGGCUUUCUUACCCACAGAUAGAAUUACAGACAUUCUCAGUACAGCUGAAGACAGAUUUUCUUGUUCAUCUGAGAAGUCUUUCAGGAAGAAAUCAACUGCUUAAUGGCAUAUUGGUGUAUAAAUUCAGUCUGAAGAAAUGGUCUGAGAAGGUGGAUUUUGUUAUUGUGUCUUUACCUCAUGGUAUGUUGCACCUGCCAACUUCUAUUGCGGUUGUCACUCAGAAAAUGGUUUGUGUCACAAACAAUUACCAGUGAACACGACUAGAUGCAUACACACAUUUUAAGCAGAAGAUUAGGAUUAAAAGAAAAAAAAAGCAGUAUAAUUUAGAAGGCCGGUGAAAGGGGAAAAUGAGGCCCUUUUGAACUAGCUUGGUCUUGAUUAAACUGUGAAAGGAGCAGUAUUUUUCAUGGAUUAUGUUCUGUGCCAGACAUCAGUUUAUUAUAGAUUUACAGGGAUGUAGAUCUGCAUGAAUUGUCAUUAACUUGCAAACCAAACCUGAAGUUUCUGCAGCUACUGCUUAGGGAAGGAAAAUUUCUAAGAGCUCUUAGAAACAAUCCAAAAGUUCUUAUCAAAGGGCAAAAGUCAACUGUAGCUGUUGAGGACAGCUUGAUCCAAAGUAGCUCCUGUGUUUCCAUCUGCCUUGGAAUAGGAAGACAUCAAAAUCUAACCAGAAAGAUUUUGCAAGUUCUCCAGCCUAAAAGACAGACCAGAAUGCUCCUAAUAAUUUCAGGUUAGUUCUCACUUCUGUUUUGCAGCUCAGCUGAGUUGCUGUUCACAGCAUGCCCACAGUACUUGUUCCGGGUGAGGGCUUGACAGAGAACAUGGGUCUAUCACUUGUUUUGGUAGGAGAAAGGGAAAAGUGUAAAAUGAGAUAUCUUUGGAUAUUAUUAGCUGCUUAUGUUGAGCAAAAUUUUGCAAGCUAUUUAUGAAACUGGUUUUUUCCAUACAAAUACAGUGGAUGCCAUUAAACUGGAUGUUUACCACCCACAAUACCUAUAUUUGCUGUGGUAUUCAACAUAUUUCAAGUUCUAAAUAUAGACAAUUCUACUGUGUAGUAAAUGCACCUUUUAGUGAGACCUACUGUUGCUAAACAGUGGUUUAGUUUUUAAAGCAAGCUUGCCAGGGAAGAAGCCUUACAGAACUAUAAAAUGCUCAGAGAAAAGCUCUUAGGAAAUAGGACAGGAAGACUUUCUAAUGAUGUAUCAGCUUACACAUGAAGGGGAAGGAAUUUGAUAAUAUGGGCUGCAUGGGUUUUUUCACCCUUGGUUUUAGUUAGUUUAGCAGUUCUUGGCUUCUCUUUCAAAAGUAUUUUAUUUUUCUAUUCAAUGAAUGAGAAACUUGAGCAGACUAUGAAGCUGAUUUUGACUAUUACAGAUACCAAAAGAAUAAUCAAAUGUGUCUUCUGUAAAAUAUGUAGAAUUAAGAUUUCUAUUGCAAAAUGGGUUUUUUUAAUCCAUGUGUUAGUUGUGGUUCUUCAUGGCAAUAUACUGUUCCAGGCUGUGACCUCUUGCACUUUUAAUUACCUAAGUUGGUAUUUAUUGACUGUUCUCAAUGACACCUUCUGGAUACCAAAGUUCCUCUAUUUUAUACACUGAACACUUUUUCAUGCUUUCUUUGACUGUCCUGUCUGAGGUUUCUGUUUGUGAUUUCUGCAAAAUCUGUGUACCAAAUAAACGUUCUCUUGCUUCAGCAAUCA